AUGAACGUUGUCAAUGACUUCACAAGUCAUGUAUGGUGGGGAACAUAUAUUACCAACAACAGAGAACUCAAGAGCAAUGUGAUGUGUGACUGGCUUGAAUCAAGAGGCACCAACCAAUUAUUCACAGCACCCUACACUUCAGCUCACAUUGGACGCGUCAAACAGAUGCACCAUACACUCAUGGCAAAAGCACAUACUAUGUGA